UAUAAAUAUAUAUACACCCAUGAGUCUCUCUCCACCAUCUUUACUCUCUCUCUCCCUUCCCUUCUCUCUCUAGUGCAAGUGUUUUGAGCUAUAGUUAGCAUGUCAUACCUCAGUCACUCCAUCAAAAACACCAUGCAUCAUCAGAAGACACCAUCUUCAGAAGACAGAGAGAAAAGGCCCAAGUUCUUCAUCAACGACCACAUUGACAUCCUCGUCGAGAUCCUCAAACGCCUCGACGGGCCCUCCCUCGGCGUCGCCGCCUGCGUCUGCCGCCUGUGGUCCACCCUCGCCCGCAACGACUCCCUCUGGGAACACCUCUGCUUCCGCCACGUGUCGUCCCCUCCCCCCUCCUCCGUCCGCCCCGUCGUCGUCGCCCUCGGCGGCUACAAGCGCCUCUACAGGGUCUGCGUCCGCCCCGUCCUGAGUCGACUCAGCGACUCGGACCUGGUCAGGCGAGUCUGGACCCGGGACGAGGUCCAGCUCUCGCUCUCCUUAUUCUGCGUCGACUACUACGAGCGAAGCGGCAGGCUCGGCGGCGGCGGCGGCGGCGGCGGUGGUGGCGGGGAUUCGUCCGCAUCGUCCCUCAUGUUCCUCUGCAACACCGUGAACGUCUGAUUCGUUGACUCUUUCGCUGUUUUGACUGUAGUGGGUCCUGAUGAGGGUUAAUAGUACUGGUAUUAAUUUAGUGAUUUAGUAUACAUAUCAAUUUUUAUUUAGAAAAAAAAAAUGAAUUUUUUUUUUAUAUUUUUUUUAUUAUUAUUGGGUAUUUAAAUAAUUGUCACUUGAUUUAUUUUGGAGGUGGGAAAAAGUGUGAGAUGGUAGUUACCUACUUCCUAUGCUUAAUUAUUAUAGUAAAAUUGUUGUAAUUUUCUUCUUAGGAAUUGGUAUAUUUUGUUUAUUUAUUAAUUUAAUUUUAAAAUACAUUUGGAAGUCAGAAUCUUUGGCUUCAGGCUAAGCAGGCCUUGACAAUGAAGGUGGGUAGGGCCAAAGCUGAGUUGAUUCUCUUUUCCUUUUGUUUCUAUAUACAAAGAGAUUCCAAUACAA